AGGUUCCUUCCCUGACACACACUCUGGUAGGGCAGCACAGAGGAGCAAGCUGAAGAACGCUCUUACUUUCCCGGGGACACAGAACCUCAGCUAAUAUCCAGUCCCAGCUAGUGCCAGUGAGAAAGCAGCUAUAGCUACUAUGCUUCAUUUCUCCUGUUCUUGUUUGGGCCUCUUCUUCUUCUUCUCACUGAUUUGCAAAUGUAGUUCUGAAAAUGACACACCAGUAGUGACCAGCAGCGGCCCUAUUAAAGGCAAAAAAGUCUUCACUGGAUCUGGUCCUGUGACUGCCUAUCUUGGCAUCCCCUAUGCGGAACCCCCAGUGAAGAAACUCCGUUUCCAAAAGCCUGUGCCACAUCAGCCAUGGAGUGAGGUAUUGGAGACCACCAGCUUUCGCAAUUCUUGUCCCCAAACCUACGUUUCUGGCCUUCCUGAUAAAGACAUAUGGGUUGCCAAUACACUUCUUUCAGAGGACUGUCUCUUUCUCAACAUCUGGGUGCCCCACCCACAACCCACAACACCAGUGCCUGUCCUUGUAUGGUUCCAAGGUAUGGGCUUUAUCACUGGCACAGCCUCACUAGAUAUCUACAACGGAGCAAUCUUCUCUGCUACAGAGAAUAUCAUAGUGGCUUCCAUGAAUUAUCGCCUGGGGGCUCUAGGUUUUUUGUAUUUGCCACCAUAUGCCCCAGGAAACAUGGGCUUAUGGGAUCAACAUUUGGCUCUGAAGUGGCUGAAGGAGAACAUAGAUGUCUUUGGUGGUGAUCCAGCCCAGUUGACUCUUGUUGGGCAAAGUGCAGGAGCAGCCUUGGUGGGUUGCCAUCUCCUUUCCCCUCUGAGCCAGCCCCUUUUUGCCCGUGCUGUGCUUCAGAGUGGCGUUCCCAAUGCCAUUUGGCCCUGGAAGAGCCCUCAAGAAGCCCGUGUAGAUGCAAUAAUGGUCAGCAAGGAAGUGGGAUGUGCUAAAGAUAAUCACAGUGAAGUGGUGAGCUGCCUAGAGAAGAUAGACAUUGGGCAUGAGAACUUUCUUCCUCUGACCAUGAUCAACUCAUUGACCACAGAUGGUGAUUUCCUCCCAGAUGAACUCCCAAAGCUGCUGGAGACUGCAAUUCUUCAGGGAAAACCAAUUCUUACUGGUAUCACAGAUGAUGAAGGGUCCAGUUUUACAUUGCUUAUGUAUUCAAGUACAAAAACAAAUGGUGGGAUAUUAACCUGGGAGCAGCUUCUCCAAGGUGUGAUGGGAACUAUGCAAAGAGGAACUAAAAAAGAUGUUGCAGAGUCUGUUGCCCUGAAAUUCAGUGAAGCUAGUCACGGGCCAGAGCGAUACCGUUUGGCAUUUUCUCAGUAUUUUCGAGAUUAUUUCUUUGUGUGUCCCUUGGCUGAAUUAGCUGCGAAGAUCAGAAAAGCUGGGAAGCCUGUGUAUGUUUACUCCUUCAGUCACCACUCCUCUGACUCUGUAUGGCCUGAAUGGGUAGGGACGCCUCAUGGAGCAGAGAUACCUUACGUGUUUGGAACCAUGGCAUCAGCUCUACAAACAAACCGAUCCAUCACAGAGGCUGAGGAAGCAUUGAGCCGUCAGAUGAUGAGAUUCUGGGCACAGUUUGCCAGAACUGGGAAUCCAACGAGGUCGAACUCAGAUGAGGUACAGUGGCCGGUGUAUGAUGCCAUAGAGCAGAACUUCUUUCACAUCAGCACAGGAGCACCCCAACUCAAACAACUAUCCCCUACCCCACUCUGUGAUUUCCUGGCUACGCUUCCUGUGAAUGCCACACAGUCAAAGCAAUCCCCAGAAAACAUGGACUCAUGAAUUGGGAAGGGAAAGAUGUAAAGACUCAAACCAGGAAGAUGGAAUAUGGAAUGUGAAAUGUGAAAGAAAGAAUACAAGUCGAAUCAAGAUAUGAGCACUAUUUAGUUGUUAUAUGGAAAAGGCUAAAAUCCUAUGAAGGAUGUGGGGGUAAUUGGCUGAGCUCUAGUUCAACAGGAACCCCUGAGCAAACCCAGUUUGCAGUGGUGGUAUGUGCAUGUAAGUCCCACUCCUAGCAUCUCAGCACGUUAGCUCCACUUUUGACUGUGUGUCUUUAGUAGUAUAGUCUGAAGGGGAUAGACUAGGUGUAUUUAGCUAUGGAUGCAACUACAUUCAUAUAAUUUUAGAGGAAUAGUCACUGAACUUUGGGCAUCUUAAAGAAUAACUCAUAUAUUCUUUCUUUAUAUGAAGGGAAAUCUUAGUUUAUCAAGCUUCCCAUCUCCUGGAAGGAAUCCUAUGCUAUAUAAGUAUACAGUCUCUUUAGAGUGAGUCCAAUUAAAAAUGGGAGGCAGUA